AUGAUCUGUAUAGAAUGUACAGAACCGGUGUCAUCAUUAUACACGGAGUACUCAACCGAUAACAUUCGACUCACUGCAUGCUCCAAAUGUAACAAAUUCGCCGACAAAUACAUUGAACACGACGGAGUGCUCAUCUUCAUCGACCUGCUGCUGCUCAAGAAACAGGCCUACCGACACCUGGUCUUCAACGUGCUCACACCUGACACAAGCCCAAGCACAACCAACGACAACCUUCACCCUCGAGUACGACGGCUGUUUCUGCUCAUCACCCUUUUUGAAGUGUACCUGACGUGGGCACAGGUGGAGAAGGGACCACAAACGCCAUUAACGCGUUACCUCCUGGGACUGCCCAUUAUCACACAAUAUAACUACUUUCUCAUCAUCUGUCUGACUGAGGCAGUCACAUGGCACAUCUCGGUACGUGUCAUGGCAAGGAUUCUGUUGGGCUGGAAACGCCCAAAUGCAUUGUCUACAGCACUACUCAUUUCAUCAGCAACAAAACUACUGCCGAUUCUCAUGAUCAUCUGGGACUACGAUGUGCCCCUUGCUGCUGCUCUGGUAGGCUGGGCUGUCAAUUUCAACGUCGUUGAAGCCCUCACUAUCGUAUUGAGCUGUUCAUACUUCAAGGCUAUUCUAAUAACAGCCAUGUCAAGUAUAGCAAAGGGAGCUGUUUCGAGGUUCAUUUUUAUGCCCAUUCUACUAAACGACUGUGACGUCGAGUUCCCAAGUCUGGACGUUAGCGCCAUCGGCCAACCCACACUCUUUGCUCAAGUCUUUCAACUUAUCAAGACCUACGCCGAGCGUGUUUAA